GCUGCUCGUUCAACGACUUGGACCUUCUGGGCGCAACCGGCCCUGCAGUCGCGCAUGCCACUACGAUAGUGAUGGGCGGCAAGAAGGGCUGGCCGGGCGUCAAGGAUUGGACAGGUCCGACCAUUGAAGGCGGCGAGAUUCUAGUCUUCAAGUGGGACAGCGGCCUCUUUGGCCGCAAGCACAGCGUCGCUAUCCCUGGCAGCGCGAGUUCGUUCACCACGUGCAAUACCAAGGACGUUGGCACUUGGAUAGCGAAGCCCGCGACCAAGGCGAAAAAGUCGUACACGCUUGCACAUCCAGCUACGUUUUUCAGCACGGUUGGAAAGGACUCUUCCUCCCUUUUCGCUUUCUCCUCUGCCUCCCUCGCCUUUCUCUCCUCUUCCUCCCUCUUUCUUUUCUCUGCAGCCUCCUCCUUUUCCCUCGCUUUGCCCUUUGCAAGCUGCUUUCGCUCCUCCCACUCUCUUGCCUUCUUCUCUUUCUCUGUCUCCCUCUUCACCCCACUCGCCUCUCCCCUUUGCUUCUCUCCACUUGCACCCUCCCCUGUUUUCUCCCCUCCCUUCUCGCCUCCCUUCUCUCCUCCCUUCUCCCCUCCCUUCUCCCCUCCUUUCUCAACCUUCCCCUCUCCCUGCUCUGCCUUGCUACCACUAUCAGCUCCUCCAGCUUCUCCUCUCUUAUCCGACCAUUGCCCACUCCUGCGAGAUGAGCCUGGGCGUGAGACUAGCGUGGUGUUCGAUGGCAUAACAGGGUUACCGCUCUCUGAGGUGGAGUUACCGCUCGCAGGCACAGUGCCAGUAGCUGCUGCAGUGGAAUUCUCAGCUUUCUUUGCAUCCGCAGCAGCUGCAGCCUCAGCAGCAGCCGCCGCCGCUGCAGCAGCAGCAGCAGCAGCAGCAGCGUCUUUCUGA